GUAGAAGGAGCGGUGGAGAGGCCGGGACGCCGCCGCAGCCGCAGCCGCAGCCGCACAGGCACAGCUCGCUCCUGCGGGAUGGCGCAGUGGGGGAGCAGCGUCGCCGCGAGCCUGGACCGGUGGAUUGGGAUCGGUCCAUGCCGCUGCAGCUCGCCGCUGCCACCGUUCCGGGCGGCCGCGCUACCGCGGCGGCGCAGCAGGCGUAGUGCGGGGGCGAGGAACGGCCGGAUCGGCUGCGCGUCCGUCCCACGGGAACUCGGCACGGCCGCGGAGCUGCCGCCAGUGGUCGAGGAAGAAGCGGUAGCGUGCGAAGAGUGCAGCGGCUUGGGGUGGAUGCUCUGCGACUUCUGCAAGGGGAAGAAGAACAACGUCAAGUCGGAGGGCACCCGGGUGUACCGCCGUUGCCCAACGUGCAAGGCGGCGGGCUUCAUCCUGUGCCCAAGAUGCAGGGUGUACAAGUGCAUCACCUUCCCUGAGAGCAGUGAAUCGUGAGCGUCCGUCUCAUGCAUGGUGGUCGCACUUCUUUGUGGGACAGAUCAUGUCUGCAGAAGAAAUCUGUGUGAAUUAUUAUUAUUGUUAUUAUUACUGACCAUGUUUAAAGGACAAUUGUUAUCUUUCUGAUCAUGUACUACCUAUCAAUUUUAAUUUCACAUUAGAUGCUUUGCUCUUCUUAUACAUUGGUUGUAACAAGACCACAAGGUUUA